GAAGUGUCAUUAGCAAGACUCGAACCUAGAUGGUCUGCAUCUAAAUCAUUUUAAGAAGGCAUUUUAUUGAUAGUUAAGAGACGAUGUCAUCAAUAACAGUGCAAGGAAGAUUGGGGGUCCGGACCCGUGUGUGCAUUGUGUGUGUGACAGAAAUAUAGAGAGGGAGAAAGGGGAAAGGACAGAGAAGGGGGGAAAGGAGUUCACACACACAUACACAUACACACACACACGUAAGAUACAGAGGCAGAGAGAAUGGAUUUUAAGAGCUUCUUUGUCCUCGGCUUCUAGAAGGCGUCGGAUGGACGUUGCUUAGCAACGGAUUUACUCUUUGGUACAUAUGGUUGCUCGGAGACCACGCCGCGUCUCUCGACUUUAGCCUCACUUUGUCCCUAUCCUGAGCCUAGUGAUCAUGGCCAAGUUCGUCAUUGCGGGUAAGGCGGACUGCCCCUAUUUUGCUAAGGCAGAAUUGCUGGCAGAUUAUCUGCAGAGAAAUCUACCUGAUUUCCGAGUACACAAAAUUAUUCAACACCCUGAUGUUUGGAAGCGAUGGCUACGCGAUCUAUGUAAGAAAAAUCAAUGGAAUCACAAACGUUCUCCUAUAAUUUGGAGAGAAUUGUUGGACCGUGGGGGAAAGGGCCUUCUUCUGGGAGGAGUUAAUGAGUUCUUGGAGCAUGUCCAGCUUUACUAUGGUAUCACCUCAAAGAUGAUGACCAACGAGAUGCUGAUUAUUGCUAGCGAGAACUUGGAGACACAUAUAGAAAUUCAACAGGAGAAAGAAGAGAUUAAAAGUGUGAUCAAUCCCAUAAAGGUCUGGAUCACCGGUGCAUCUUGUCCUACAUCAUACAACCUGAUUCCAAUAUUGGUAAAUGGAGAAGUGUUUGGGGAGGACAAAGAAAUUAGCAUCCAUCUCUUAAACAACAACUUUAAUGAAGACGGUCUCCAUGGCACUAUGAUGGAGGCCCAAGACUUGGCAGCCCCUCUCUUGCGGAAUAUCUCCAUGUGCACAGCAAUAGAAGAGGCCUUUGUUGGGGCUGAGGUUAUCAUCAUCCUUAAUGAUGAUAUUGAAAAUGAGUUUGAGUCUCUAGAAAACAGAAUCAGAGCUAGACUUCCUCUGUGUCAGUUAUUUGGAUCCCUAAUUGAGAAAAAUGCUCAUAAAUCUGUGAAAGUUAUUGUGGCAGGAAAGACCUUUCUAAAUCUCACCACCAAUUUGAUCAUUACAUAUACGCCAUCUCUUAACCCACGGAAUGUCAUUGCUGUGGCCAUGGUGUUGGAAAAUGAAGCGAAAGCCAUGUUGGCCAGAAAAAUGAAAACUACAGCAUCUGACAUCAAAGAUGUGAUCAUUUGGGGUAAUAUUACCGGUUCUCGCUACAUUGACCUGAGGAAAGCAAAAGUUUUCAGAUAUAACAGUGCUAUUUGGGGACCUCCAAGCUUUUCACGUUACGUGUUAAACUUGAUAUUUGAUAGUGAGUGGAUUAGGAAAGAAUUUGAGGCCUCCCUCAAUUCGUGGAGUUUGACGAGGUAUCUCCAAAGGGGUGUUUCAUCGGCACACUGCAUAGCUACUGUACUGAAGUUCUGGUACCACAAUUCCCCUCCAGGAGAGAUUUUGUCUAUGGGAAUAAUAAGUGAAGGUGAAUUUGGCAUACCUCAGGGAAUAGUAUUUUCCAUGCCAGUACAAUGCGAGAAUGGAAUAUGGUUUCCUCGUAUGGAUUUGACUGAGACUGAAUUAACUGAAGAAAUUAAGAGUUCAAUAAUCCAUGAUCUCCAACAGGAAAAACUAAUUGCACUCGGAGAAAUAUCAACAUAUCAGCCAUACCUUCCAGUAGCUGGACUCACACCACGUGAAAACAGAGUCAGAAUCCAUAUUGAGGAAAACCUGGAAGAAGAUCAAAAGGAUCAUACUGAAUUUUUCAGCGUAGGUUCUCUAGACUUCUCAGAAGGUAGGAGUAGCCAAGAACCCGUAGAAGGAAAUGAUUUUGAAUUCUUUGAAAACUAAAAGAAAAAUGCAGAUGAAGAAUUACCUUGUUUGGAAACGAUAUGAUAUGGCAGGGGUUACACAUGUCUACAUUUGGGGAAAAUAUUGGGUUGAGAGAUUUAGAUGAGUUUUAGUAUAUUACAAUGUAUAUAAUACAAUAAUAAUAGUAUAUUGUACAAUUGUACAUAAUAUACAAUAUAUUACAAUAAUAUACAAUAAUACAAUUGUAUAUUACAAUAGACAAUUAAAAUUGUCACUACAAGAGCGACAACAUUAAUGAAUUGUCGAAAGGAAUCUAUUUCCCAUCUGUACUGACCUUUGCUUUUGUUAUUGCAUUUGUAAGUAGGGUUUAAUAUUUAUUUUCAAAUGAAUUAUAUGUAUAUUUUGAAAGAAAGAUAUAAUAAAUUGUAUAAUAUAGUUAAAACUGUUGCCUAGACUUUAAUUAAGAUAUGCAGAUGUCAAAUCAAGAUCUACAUAAAAUUUGAAGGAAACAAUAAUUCUUGUGAAAGUGUCAAUUAAGAACUUCCUCAUACCCGCUUACUGAUCAUUUUAAAUCUUCUAAUGUCUGUCCCUUCUGCAUAUUUUGUAAAUGGCUGUUAGGGUAUACAUAUCCUUCUGGAAAUCUUAAUUAAAGGAUCUCAGAGAUUUAUGUUACUUCAUGUAGUGAAACAUAGCAUUUCUAAAACUCAACAGAAUUCAGUUGCUUUUUUUAAAGAAAGCAUUCUUAAAAUUUUUGCAAACAAAUAAUUAUGUCAAUUUCCCAGAAUUAUUGCUGACAAUGUAUUUCUCACAACACUGUAAGAUAACAGUAAUUCUGCUGGAAAAACUGAUGAACAAGCCCAUUUCCAGCUGCAAGCCUACUUUACUUGCUUAUCCUCAGUGACUGAAAGAUAAUUGAACAAUAUUAGAAGAGAAAUUUUAAUUUUGGAGUAUAUAGAUAAAAAUCAUUACUUAAAAAUGUUGUCACUCAAAAACACCUAAAAAAAGAGGAAAUUAACUCCUCUCCCCACCCAGCUAUGUUGACUCUUUCUUAUUUUAAUUAACCUGUGUCAUCUCAGGGGAACAAUUAGAAAACCUGAAUUCCUAAUGUGGUAUUAACACUAUCUGGAAUAGGAACUUAGGUUUGAAUCUAAAACUUCCUGGGUCAUUUGAAGCAAGUCACACCUCUCAAAGCAUCAGUUUCCCCAUCUGGGAAAUUAAGAGAUUUGUACUAAAUGAAUUGAUGAAAAGUUGGUGAGGAGAGGGGAAAGAAGCCCCAGACUGUGAGUUCAUUGACAUAGUGAGGAAACUUUCUUUACCAAUGCAUAGUGGCAGCUGCUUUGUUACUUACAGUCUUAGAAAGCUGCUUGAUGACACUUAAAAGUUAAGUGACUUGAUGCACACAGCAAAUAUGUGACCAGAGUUUAGAUUUGAAUGCAGUUCUUGAGUGAGAGACCAGUUCUCUAUUCCUGUGCAACACUACCUCUGGGUAAUACUCAGCUCAACAAUCUUACUCUAACAAGUAACUGGAAAUAAAAACUUUUAAACUACUAUCAUCUUUCUGUCAAGUUUUAUAUCAUGAUAAUGAUAUUAAGAAUAUAUGUGCAUAUUAUUUAUAUACUUGUAAUGCUGGGAGGAAGUGAGGCAAGAUAGAGAUUAGAGAGUUUUUAAUACUUUAUUUGAGAGGGAGAGUUUGUGCUGGGGGCAUGUUGCCCCCAGGGCUGAUGUCUCAAAGCAUCCAGCAGGGAAUGUGAGUUUCCCAUGAAAUUUCUAUACAUACGUGGCUCUAAGUGAUCACAACCUGGGUAAAUUGAGGCAGAGGCAGAGUCCCAGUGGUUCUGAUAGGGUGAGGGGUGAGGACCAUAAAUUCUUACAAAUUGGGAGUAAAAGAGAUAGUCAAACUAGAUCCAGGAAAUCUGAAGAGAUAAGAGGAAGACAAUGCCAAUUAGGUAUCUGAGAUAGGACAUCUGGAGUUUUAUCUUUGAGAAUGCCAGAGUGGCCACAGCCCUAAUUAUCUCAGUCUUAAUAAGCAGAAGGGGAAGGUGUUGCAACCAGGGGGAUUUAGGCAGAACAAUAAAAGGAAUUGAGGCAGAACAAUUUAGGGAAACUGAGGCAGGACAAUUAGGGCAAUAGAGACAGGACAAUUAGAGGGAACUGUGGCACAAUACUCCACACUCUUAUCUUCUGAAUAUUCAAAUCAUUGAAUUACCUUCCCCGAAUACCUGGAAGGUCUUAGCACCAUAAUUUGAUGAACCCUAUGUGAAGCAAAUAAACCAAAAUAAAACUAGAAAAAUGCAAGGACUUAUGGCAUGGACAAGUCUCUCCCUGACAACCCCAGAGCUAACAGCAAUACAAAGGCUCCCUGUUGCAAACAUGUUAGGUCCUCUGCACCAUCUCAGUUCUGAAGCACCAUCUCAGCCAGGGAAUCCAGUUAAUAUGGAUUCAUUGUGAGUUAGAUCUGUGGUCAUUUGUGCGCUUAACUCAGCCUCUGAUUAUAGAGGGAGAAGCAAGGCUCAAGACAGUCGUGCUGCCCAUUCAAAGGGGCUUCAAGAGGGAAGAGGGAAGUUUGGAGAAGCUCCACCUGUCCCUGACCAGAGAAACAGGACUGCUACCAGGAUACAAAAAGGAUCCAGAUCUCUGAGCAGUUAUCAGAGUAUGCACAGUUAGACCAUCAAGGGAGUCAAAACACCGGAUUUUUAGAGGCCUUAUAUCCAACUGCAAUGUCCUCUGAGAAUGCUGAAAUAUUAAGAAACUCUGGUACCAGGACUGGAAAACUGCCAAGUUCCAAGGUGCCUCAUUUCUGGUUGUUUCUUAAAAGCAGGCAAUCAGAAAAUAGUCUGCCAGGGCAAUUCCAACAGAAUAAGGGGUUCCAAAGCUAAAGCAUAACCAACAAUCACAGUCCAGUAAAUUUAAAAAUGAAAAAGGACUGUUAGAAGGCUUUCAAUUCAAUCUGAAUUGGUGAGAUAGGAGGUGGGGCAGAAGUGCCUAAGGUAAAGUGAAUAGGAACUAGGGGGGUUCCCAUUCUUUCAGGUAUUUUGAGAAAAAUCCACCAGAUUCUCUAAUUCCCUAUCUCCUUCCUUUUUUUUCCUUUAGGCAAAGGGAAUCAACCAAAAAAAAAAAAAAAAAAAAAAAAAAAGAGCUACAUUGUCAAAUAACCAUCCCACAUAUAAAUCCCAAGAGUGAAUUAAAAUUCCUAUAGAUAUCAGACUAAGAGUUUCUUUAAAAAUCUCUCAAACAUAAUAGCAAUAGUUACACAAUUUUAACAAUUUCCAUCCCAAAACUUAAACACACAAUAAUACAGUUCCAUCCCUAAUCUUAAAUACACAGUAAUAGAUGACCACAAUCAUUCAUCAAUCAUUCCCAAAUUCCUCAUAGCAGUCCAUCAAGGGCAGGAACGAAGCCUCUCAUUCAAAAACUGCUUCCUAUUGAGGACGGGCAUAGAUUCUCAGUCCAGGGAGGGAGAUGGGUGUGAUGUGGCAGGCUGACAAUGAUCAAAGCUUUCAAUGGGCUGAUCCCAGUCCCAGAAGCAAUUCAAUAUAGCUGUAAUUUGACUAAAAUUUAGAACAAAAAAAUCUAACAAAGUUAGAACAGACUGCCUCAAAA